CCAAACACCGCCCCAAAGCCGGACGGCAACUGCGUGCGUGCGAGAAAAGAGAAACAGCAAAACUCACAAUGAUCAGCGUACGAGUGAACAAUUUCAACGAAAACUUCCUCAACGAAACCGAUGGCGACUCGACGGUCCUCAUCGAGCUGGACAAGGGCCUGCGGUCGAGCAAGAUCGGCGACCAGUGCGAGGCAAUCAUCCGCUUCCCCAAGCUGUUCGAACGCUAUCCCUUCCCCAUCCUGAUCAACUUCUUCCUGAAGCUGGCCGAGUUCUUUCGCAUCGGCUCGAACCUGUCCCGGCUGUGGAUACUGCGCGUUUGCCAGCAGAGCGAAAAGCACCUGGAAAAGAUCAUCAACAUCGACGAGUUUCUGAAGCGCAUCUUUAUGGUGAUCCACUCGAACGAUCCGGUGGCGCCCCUCACGCUCCGCACGCUCGGCGCAGUGGCGUUCGUCAUUCCGGAGAAGCAGCACGUCCACCAUGCGAUUCGCAUGGCGCUGGACAGUCACGAUACGGUCGAGGUGGAGGCGGCCAUCUUCGCCAGCGUACAGUUCGCGGCCCAGUCGAAAACGUUCGCCGUCGGCAUGUGCUCGAAGGUGGCGUCGAUGAUCGAGAGCCUGCAGACGCCGGUCAACAUGAAGCUGCACCUGAUACCGGUGCUGCGGCACAUGCACCACGACGCCAGUACGGCCGCACUGGUGCGCGCGCUCUGCCGCGAUCUGCUGCCGAAGUAUCCGUCCGAGCAGUUUGUGGUGGAAAUCAUACGCUCCCUGUCGCAGCUGUCCUGUGCCACGCUGGUGGACAUACCGGAUCAGGUCGAUUUGCUGCUGGUGUACCUGCAGGACCCGCGCAAGCGGGUACAGUGUACGGUGCUGCUGUCGCUGAAGAAGCUGGCGGAGAAGGGCGCGUAUCUGUGGCCCAAGACGGCGAUCAGCCGGCUGCUGCAGCUUACCGUGCAGUGCAGCAACCAGAACAUGGCGCUGGACGUGAUACUGACGCUCACCAAGUGUCACACCUGCCACACGAUGCUGAACGAGGAGCAGCAGCAGAUACUGGACGUGUGCAAGAACUGCCUGCUGAUGGAGAACGACAGCGGUGGCCGCGCGAUGACGAUCCUCACCAGCCUGAUCACGUACUGCCACACGGAGAACAUCCCACCGCCGGUGCACGUGCUCGAGUAUCUGGACAUGCAUCUGGAGUUUCUCAUUCAGGCAUCGCUGCAGAACAGGGCCUCGCUGAAGGACUUCCGCCUGUAUCUGAAGUGUGGCGUGCAGCUGUCCAAGACGAGCCGUGAGUUUGGGGAAAGCUUCGCGGAAAUGAUUGCGGAGCUGCUGAGCGAGGAGCACUCCACGUCUACCGCCGGCCACUCGAAGCUGAUCUGCGAGGCGCUCGUGCGAUCUGCUCGAACGUGA